AGGAAGUCCAGCUUUUGACGUCCUUCAUAGCCCCUCCACGAGCCAUUGCUUUCCUUUGAUGAAACUUACAGACGCGACCUGCGUGGAUUUCAGUUGCGCCGUCUAUUGCUUUGUUAGACUGCCGAUUUCUUGAGCGACUGCGCGCUACCCCGUACAGCGACUUCGGGCUAAGCUCCGGCGCAUGCGAUGACCGGAGCUCGUGUGCUGGGGACCGCGCUGCGUCGCGUCGGCCGGCCAAGGACCGGAGGAGACGGCCUCCAGCGGACCCUGAUUCGAAGCUCUCAGAAUGAACGUUCGCCAUGCACAGCAAGGCCCGUCGGCCUAAACCCACCGACCUCCGAGCACCACCGAAGGAUACACACGACACCGCGAUACCUCUCCUCCUCGAAACCAACGACACCAACGACGACAUGGCGCAGAGAACCCCACCAACCCCCAACAACAACCCACGACCCCGCAGCCGACCUCCCAGCACAGCUCUGCGGCGUGAUGCGGAGAGUAGCGCACUCGGUCGUCGUCGCCACGGCCACAGACCGCGCGGGUCGGCCACGGGGCAUGACGAUGUCGAGUUUCGUGAGCUUGAGCAUGGAGCCCGUGCCGCUGGUGACGUUCAACGUCCGGACGCCGAGCCGGACGCUGGAUGCGAUUCACGAGAGCGGCGGGGUCUUCAAUGUGCAUGUUCUCGCGGAGGGGGGGGAGGGCGCGAGGGUUGCGGAUUUGUUUACGAGGGGGAACGCUGGGGCUGGCGAGGGCUUGUUUGAGGGGUUGCCUGAGGGGGUUGAGGUUGUUGAGGAGGAUGGGGAGGCGCCUUUGCUUGAGGGGAAGGGGGUGUUGUAUGUGAUCAAGUGUCGGGCUCUUGGGGAGGGGAUGGUGAGGGUUAGGGAUCAUGUUGUUGUUGUUGGGGAGGUUGAGGGGGUUGUGAGGGGGGGAGGGGAGGGGUUUGGGCUUGUUUAUGCUGAUCGACGGUAUCGGACGCUGGGGGAGUGUUUGGUAAAGGGAGAGAAGUGA